AUGACUCGCCUUGUCUCACUCUCAACUACCAUCACACUUUUCUUUGUCCUUGCUUUGAGUGUUCGUGGCGAAAACAACCUGCUCUCUCGAUUAGACGAAAUCCCACAAUGCGGAAUUCCAUGCUUCUCAACCGUUCCCGGCAACACCACAUGUAAUGUCUUGGACACUGCUUGCCUCUGCAAGGACAGCGAGUUCCAUAGGUUAGCACAGCAAUGCGUUAGGGAGAAUUGCGGGAUGAAGGACACCAUUGUGGUUUUCAUACGGCGAUCGAUCAUGACUGACAUUGGGAGCUAUUCAGCAAUACAAAAAUUCGGAACCUCUCUGUGCAAUAUACCACCACGAUCCCGCAAACACGAGCUUCUUAUUCCCUUGGUUCUUCAGAUCCCGGCAUGGCUAUGUAUUUGGGCUCGAUUGUACUCGAACUGGCGAACAAUGGGUCGAUGGAAGCCAGAUGACUGGGUCGUCUUUGUGGUUGGCUUCAUUUUCACUGCCUUCGUUGCUAUGGACCAGUAUGUUGGGCAAAUGUGGUACGGGGUUGACAUCUGGACCCUGGACGAAGACCAGACCAUACAAGCAUUCAAGCUGUUUUACGCUGGAGAGAGCAUAUAUCUUCUAUCCCUGGGCCUCAGCAAGAUCUCCGUUCUCUGGGUCUAUCUUCGAAACUUCCCAAACCAGCUGUUCCGAUACGCUGUAUUUGUGUCCAUGGCCUUUGUAGCACUACCCACGGCGGGACUCGUGUUUCUUCAUUUGUUUCAAUGCAAUCCCGUUCAUCUUGCAUGGGAUGGCUGGGUCGGUACGACGGGGGCUCGGGACGUAUGCGUCGAUAAGCAGCUGAUCACCUAUAUCGCUGCUGGCUUCAGUAUCUUCCAAGACCUGAUUAUUCUCCUCUUACCUAUACCUAUGGUGUUGAAGCUGCGGAUGCAUAUCAAUGAUAAAUGGGGGAUCCUUUGCAUGUUCAGCUUCGGCGUAUUCAUCACAGCCACUUCCGUCAUCCGCCUGCUGUAUCUCAUCAACUUCGGCCGAUCACGAAACCCUACCUGGGACUACGUCGAUGCAAUUAUUUGGACCGGUCUCGAGGUAUCUGUCGUUGUCAUGGUAGCUUGCCUUCCCUCCAUUGGUGUUCUUUUGAGGCACUGGAUUCCCUCGCUGGCAGUCAACUCUGCUUCUCAUAUGCCAAGGAGGAACUUGACCAGGCGAUCAGACAAAAAGAGAUCAAUUCUCACUGCAGGCAGACGCCUGACUUGGGAAAGUCUGGGGUUGGACCUGGGCGACCGAUCGUUUGGAAGGGUUAUGACCAAGGUCUCCAGACAUCCACCUUCCUUCCACCCCUUCAACGACAGCUAUUUUGACGGACCUGACCAGGGAAUCAGUAUAAGGGCAGUGACCAAAGUGACGACGUCGGUCGAAGUGGUUAAAUAG